CUGAUUAUAAGCAAUAAUUUAAGGAAUAGUUUUAUCCAAUUUAGUUUGAAAGCCAUACGCCACUCAUUUUCUGUUCUGCUCUUCUACAGCUAUACUUGUACAUAUUCUUGGUAGAAACUAUGGUUUAACUAACGCUCAGAAUGCUUCAUUACGCCGCUUGUCCUGUUAGGUCCUCCCCUACAAUCUACAAUAGCCGAUUCUUUUAUCCGGUGCCCUGCAAAUUCAAAUCAACGUCACAUGCAAGAAGAAUCUCAUUUAAAUCCAGUGAAUCUUCUGUUGGAACAGAAACACAGACAAAUAAUGAAGACACACCUACAGUAGAGGAGGAGAUAAAGCCCUCGGAAACGACUUCCUCUGCCAAGGCCUCAUCGCUAUCAAUUGACAAAGAAUUGAAAAAAGUAGUUCAAAAGACUGCAGGGACAUUUGCUCCAAGGGCGUCUACUGCACAGAAGAACCCUGCUGUUCCUGGAACAACUCUGUACAGUGUUUUUGAAGUACAAGGAUAUUUGUCCAUGUUGAUGGGAGGAGUACUUUCAUUCAACCUUGUGUUUCCCUCCAAUGAACCAGAUAUUUGGAGGCUCAUGGGAAUGUGGUCGAUUUGGAUGUUCACAAUUCCUUCUUUAAGAGCGCGUGACUGCUCAAAGGAAGAAAAAGAAGCCUUGAACUAUCUCUUCCUUCUCACACCACUUAUCAAUGUCAUUCUGCCAUUUUUUUGGAAAUCAUUUUCUUUGGUUUGGUCAGCAGAUACCUUGGCAUUUUUUGUAAUGUAUGCAUGGAAGAUGAAGUGGCUGCAAAAACUGGAAUGAAAAAGUCAAAUUUAUUUGGAAAGUCUACGUGUGAAUCCAGUAACUGUAUAUUCUGUAAGCACGAUUGGCUUAAAAAAGUACUUGUUGAUUUCUUUGUAUAGAAGCUUCUGAUGGUACCUUGGCAAUUACAUCGGUUUCAAUCUGCUAUUGCCCUUCAUCAUGAAGAACUAUAAGAAACUAUGUUGUCAUAUGCCUUUUCAUGGCUGGGUAGAGUUUUGAGCCAUUUCAUAUCAUUAUGACUUAUUUUUAUUCAGUUCCUUAUUGUUUUUCAUUUCUCUGAGUAUAUUUACCUUUAUACCCUUUAAGAAACAUCUCAAGUAAUUAAUUUUUGCCUUA